AGCAAUAAUUGAACAAGUUUUGAUGGGCGAACAAGGCUGUGGGGGUGUUCUUAAAAGCUGGAUUGAAAAUAAAUCGAAGACCAACAAGAAUCCACUUUACUUUAUGAAUCUGAAAAAAAUAUGUGAGAGAGCUGUAUUUGUUGCAAAAUCAAGUGAUUUCAAGCAAUUCAUUACGGACAACUCGGAAGGUAAUGAAAAACAGUUCAUUGAGAAAUUAUCAAUUUUUCAUUUAUCAGCAACAUAUAGAGAUAAAGUAUUGGAGAUCUUAACAGAAUUACCAGUUUCCAUAGACCAACAGCAGGUUAAUACUUUUGAUGCUCUUAUGAAUGGCAAGGAAUGUUUGCUGAAACUGCAUCAACAUUCCAAAGAAGACGUGGUGGCAACCGAAGCCCUAAAGAAUGUCCCUUUGCGAGACGAAAUUGAAAUGCUCAAAGUUUUGAAUGCUGCCGCAGAACCAUGUUCAAAUGUCGUCCGACUUCUUGGCUCAAGCACCAAUGCUCCUGUGCACAUGAUCAUCGAGAGAACACCAAAAGGUAGUCUGUUAACGUACCUCCAAGGCCUGGCCAACCCCCCUGAAGCUGAAGUAAUGCUCAAGAUUGCACUAGAUAUUUGCAAUGCUAUGAUAUAUCUUGAUGGGCUUAAUAUAAUCCAUCGUGAUUUGUGUGCAAAUAACUGCUUCGUUUUUAUGCAUGAGGGAAACUUGCUUACCAAACUCGGCGACUUCCACCUCGCAAUUAUUUCGUAUUCUGGUUUGAAGUCGCCAACUGGUGUGCAAUGGAAGCGCAACUCUGUGAAAUCGUCAAAAAUUGAAUAUUCUUCCAAUCAAUUUUCUGCGCGUUGGAUGGCUGUUGAAGCAAUUCAGUUUGGUGAAUUCAGCACCGCAUCUGACGUAUGGUCGUACGGCGUAUUGCUAUCCGAGAUUUUUACCUUUGGUUGCAAGCCAUACGUGAACAUGCCGAGUGGGCGUUCUUUGGAUAGUGACGAAGAAGUGCGAGACUUUGUAAGUACAUGUACACUACUGUUUUCCUGUCAUAAACUAGGACGUUGUUAAACCUCAACAAAUUUCAGUUUUAGCAAGGUAAUCGGGAAUAUGAUGUUUCAUUUUUUUAUUAAAGAUGUAAAGUCCGUGAUGUAAACAAACGCUUUGUUUGCAUUUUGAACUGCUCUAUUUGUAAAAUAUGAUAUACUAACUGGAUAUCUAACACUUGUGAAUUAAUAUAAACUGAACGUUUCAAUUUAAAAUAGUUCUAAAGAUGCAAAAUUUGGGCAAGGUUUAUAUCUGCGGGCUCCCCUUUGUUGUGAGAAGACCUGAUGCGCACAACGGACAAUAUUUGUCACUUUUAUUUCAAAACGCAUAUCGUUUGGAAUAUUGAUGAUAACAUUUUUCAAAAAUUGUUUCAAAAGUUUGGGGGAAAAAUAAAGUUUAAAGACGUAAUAAUUUAUCAACAUUACCCUCAGUGAUGAUAUUUCUCUAUUAUCAUCAAUUCGUGUAAUAUUUCGGCGAAACCCCCUCGCUGCUAAUCUAUAAAUCAUAAUUAGCUUACGGGAUACAUAGCAACAAGUUGGCUAUCAGUUGACUAUGACGAGAGUGAGUAGAACAACUGUUUUAUUAUACAGACAACUAUAAUUUACAGAGCCAUCUAUUUGGCAGUAUUUGACAAUUAUAGUUUAGCAAUCAACAAAUUUAAUUGCCCUAACCCUGCAGCAUGAUUUCGAUCCUUCAAUUUCCUCUAUAAGUAAAUAAUUUAAUUCUUAAUACACGUCCGAAUUUAUCAACACAAUAAAUUUCCGACGCAUGCUGAACCCCUAACGCUAAUGUAACCCCAACUCAAACCUCUAACGCUGAUCUAAUUGAAUUUAAUUUGAGCUUCAAAAACUCAUUAAUAAUUCAUGAAGCAAUUAUCCAAUCUUGAGUAAGAAAUUAGUCACGUGCAUACGUCUUUAUACCAGCUAAAGAACACUUUAACAAAAGACCAUUCUUAUGCAAACUAUAUAAAGGUUUUUAUAUAAAGAUUUUUAUAUAAAGAUUUUUAUAUAAAGAUUUUUAUAUAAAGAUUUGACUUAUUAUGCAUACGUUUUUGAAGUCAUUUAAAAAACUCGCGGGUCGUGUUUUAUUAGGUCUAAAGCCACUCGCGCUGCGCGCUCGUGGCUUUAAACCUAAUAAAACACUCCUGCUCGUUUUUUAAAUAGUACAUAAUUAACCUAACUCUAAACUUCACGACAUUCUUCUUGCCCCUUCUGACGCCACUACCUUAAUUUAUACUUUUUUAUUAUUUUUUAUUAAUAUUUUAUUAGUUUACUUAAAUAGUUGAAAUAUUAAGAAUUUAUUUGCUAGCUGUAUGAUACAAUUGUUGGGAAUAUUUUCAUUCUUUUUCAUUUAUCAUAUUGCUAUUAAAGCCGAAUAACUUUAAGAGUUAAUAUCCUAUUAGUAGAGAUCCAAGCAGAUGGCAGAAUAGCUCAUAGUCGCUGCUUGCUACAUAACAAAAAUAAUUACCAAGCAUUUGGGUUGUUUUAUUAACUUUACCAUUUGCUUUCAUUCAUAACACAAACAUCGGGUUUGAUAAUUCAUCAUAUCAUGUUCGACUCAGUCAAUAAUUGCUUCCACAUUAGUUUACGUCGUGAACAAAGAAUUAAAAAUUUUCUCCUUUUUUUCCAUCAGGUCCUUAAAGGUGACAGACUCGAACUUCACCCGAAUAUUCCUGAGUCAAUUAAAACGCUUAUACAAUUAACAAUGGUAGAUGCAGACCACAGACCAUCAUUUUUAGACCUCAAAGAGAACUUAUUGGAUAUAGGUUUUCACGAAGGUAAGUAUUUUUUGUUAACAAAAUCCACAAAUACUAAUUCCUGGAGGAUGGAAGAGGACUAUUUGCCAUGAAUACUUAAUAUUCCAUCCUCAUAUUUCCUACUCCUACUUAUAUCCUAUUCCUACUCCUAUCCAUAUUCAUAUUCCUAGCUUAAAUAUUUAUAUUUCUACCAUCAAUAUUCAUAUUGACACAACUUUAAAAAAACCAAUGAUUCAAUAUUUUUUCCCGAGCCAACGGCACAAAGCGCGUCGUCCCGGGCGUAAGCCCGGGUUGAGGGUAGCAAUUACGCCCGGCUAUUUACACCCAGAUAUUUAACAUAGCGAAGUGCAAAGUUGUCCUCCAUUGUGACGGAUGGUUUUCGACGUUGUGCGCAUGCGCGAGUACAAGCUCGCUAAAAAAUUGUUUUUCAUUUUGCAAAGAUGUAGUUUUGCUGUCUUACAAUAUAUUUUAAUUUUGCGAUGUAUUUCGCUUUUAACUGGAAACAUGCAACAAAGUGUGAAAGGCAUAAACAUGAAUUUUAAAAGACAACAAAUAUAAAACCAAAAAAAUUAAUAAAUAGUAUCGACAAGUACGUUUUUUGUUUGCUUUAUCUCGUAUUUACAACAGCUGUGCGACAACCAGCUCGAAAGCUUCGGCCCCUCUGGUUGCCUUUCACAAUCCUUUUUUUAAAAGUACUCGUUAAAAUUUUAUUAUUUUUUUCUACUUUUGUAAUAUUACGUUACUUGAGAAAAAUCCUGUAAAUAGUGAAAUAAUAUUGAAUUGAAUUGAAUUUAUGUCUCUUUGUAUCAUAACAAAAACAGAAAUUUUCUCAGGCGAAAAUUAUAAAUCUGUGGCUGUUUUAGUUGUAUUUUUUAUUUCGGCCGGUGUCAAGUUCCUCCUGGCUAUCUGCAAAUAAAAUUUGCAGCACAUCACAUAGUCCAAACACAGCUAUUCCUGAUUGCUUUAAUAGUUAUAAACAUUGUAAAAUUCAAUUACCUUGUAAUUUUGACUUUCGCUAACAAAAACGUAUUGAGAAAGUUCUUUAAACGCAACAGUUGCUGCUUUUCUUUAUUUUAGGUUUAUUUUUCUUCGUUUUGAAUAGUUUGAAAGACUUUUAGACACUUUUUUGCUGUUUGAAACUCGGCUCUCGUCGCAGGACAAUAAGAAUUUUGUAUUGCCUGUGGGCAAUACGGGAAAAUCCUGCCUCGUCAGCAGCAGGGCGCUAUAAAACACAACAAAGUGUUUUACAGUUGUAUUCCAUUUGUUCUCCAUUUAGUGCAUAUAUAUCUGUCGUUUUAUAAGGCUAUAAUUUGUUUAUUCCAACUAUGAUGUUACUAAUGUACAAUGCAUCAACAUGCUGCUCUACUUUAUAGCAAUAUGUUUCCGAUAAUUCGAAUAAUGUAUACAAGAAGUGGGAAGCAUGCAUUCACUGUCAGUAUUUCUAAAUACCACGCUUAUCAAAUUCAGUUGUAAAGAAUGGGUUUAUCGUGUGCUAUUAUUUAUGAUUUGCGGAGUCUUCUCCUGACGCUACGAGCACUACGCGCUCGUGGAUUUAAACCUAAUAAAACACUCCUGCUCGUUGCUCGUUUAUUAAUCAGUUCUUAAAAAACUCAAUAAUUCAUGAAGAAAAUUCAAAAGAAAUGAAUGUUUAAUCAAUUUGUCCUCAUUUACAUAAACUUCAGCUUUGAUUUUCUCGGCUCAGACAAUGUAUAUUUCUUAAAUUACUUCGCCAAUGAACUCAUACGAUGGGUCGUUUUUUAAGCAUAUCAGAUAAAGAUCGACUGCUCAUGUUUUAACUAAACUAGUACUUGUAGAUAUUUAUACUUCAAACAAACAAGAAGUACAUGAUUUGAAAUGCAUAUUAGUGGCGUGGUACACAUUUGAUCGAAAAAAACAAAAAUCACCAACGUAUUCCUUUUCCGAUAAAACCCAUUCACAGAUAUCUUACUAAUAACAAAAUAAAUUAUAGUUUGCAAGUUAAGGGAAAACAAUGGACCGCUGAAAGUGCUUCUCAGCCAAUCACAGUGCGUCAUUUCUCCGGAAGUGACAUUUGAUAUAAUAACUCUUUUUAAUGACAUUGUAAUGUGAAAAUAUCGACUAUAACAACGGCGUUUACAACCAUGUUAACCUUUGCUUAGCAAAUGCUAAGUUCGGUCUGAUUAAAUUUACCCUCGAGCUCUAUAUGUCUCGAUUUUUUUUAUUCCUGGUUUGAUAGUCCUAAACAUAGUGAAUGUUUUGACUCGCUUGGGCGGAGGCCAGAGACAUGUACAUUCUUAAUGACUGUUUUGCCCAAACUGCCCAGGUUGGUUUUGUGACGGUUCCUAAUAUUAUCCCUAUUAUUUCUAUUGAAAUUCUAUUGGUUAUGCAAAUUUGUACUGCCUUAAUCUUUAAUGACUACUAUUAAGUUAGUUCACUCUCAUUUACUGAAUAUUAAGUUAUCUCGCUCUCAUUUACUGAAUACUUAAUUUGCUCACUCUUAAUCACUCUCGACCGCUCUCAAAAAGCCGGGUCGAACGGUCUGUAUAUUACUUCUCAGUUAGGCAAUUAAUUUUUUCUAUGACACGCAAAAUGGCUUUUCGAAACCUAAUGGCAUGCUAGCUUUUAAAUAAUGUAUUUUGCUUUUAUCAUCUCACAAAAUGACUUUUUAGAAAUCGAUCAGAAUUUGUUUAUUUCCGUGUAUGACUUUUCUUUUAAUGUAUAUUCAGAAAAGUAUGCUGAUCCAUCCUUUUUUGGAAUUACAUAUGGCGGUUUAUCGCGAUCCGAAACCGUAAGUGCUAAAUGCUUGGUUUACGUAAAAUAUUGCCGUUAAUUUAUCAUACAGUCUACCAAGAUAUGACGAUUUCUCGCGAGUCUUCAUGUGAUAUCUCGUGUGAAACUAAUAUAACUAGAAAAGACGAAGAGCAAUUCCGCUCUGCGCGCAAAAUUACGCCUAGUGGAAAACCGGAUUUAUUGUCUGAGUUUAUGUUAAUUUGCAGACAUUUGAAAACAUUUUUUGUUUACUUUUUUAUAAUCGACAGCCACCGAUCAACUCAAGAACUGGUUGUAUCGCAAACAGUUGUGUUGGAGAAUGUCUAAAUGCGUCUGACAUUGCUGCGCCAUUGGAUGUGCAAGAUGUAAGUUUUAAUAUCGCGCAAUUCACUGUAGCGAUAAGAGUUGCUUUUAGGAUAAAAACCGAGAGGGAUAGUUUUCAUUGAAAUUCAACACUAUAAUUGCGCAGCAUGAGGUCUUGAUUUUCAAUAAAUAAUUUUUGUCCGGUAUAUAUAAUUCUAAAUAUCAGGAUUUGGGGCAUCUCACUUCCAUAAUUCCGGCUAUAGACUAAAUUUUGAUCAAGACAAGAACAACGGAAUCCAAUAACACAGCUAGUAAGAGCGACUUAGAAUGAGUAAAAUUGCAAUGAUUGGUUUCUAUAUGGUGUAAAAUGAAGAAAAUAUGACCCCGUGAAGUUCGCAAAUUUUGUAUAUAUUUGUAUUACGCGCGGUAAAAAUAACCACUUUCUGCUCAAAACUGGUUAUUCUUACCGCGCGUAAUACAAAUAUAUACAAAAUUUGAGAACUUCACAGAGCUAUAUUUUCCUCAUUUUACAAAAUUUAGCAGCCAAUCAUUGCAAUUUUACUCAUUCUCGGAAACGCUGUCUAGCUGUAAUGUUGGAUUUUGUUCUUCUUGCCUUGAUCAAAAUUUAGUCCAUAGCUGGAAUUGCAUAUAGCAUUUUAUACAUUUAUUAGAACUAUCCAUGCAGGAGCAGUUGCGAAAAAUAUAACUAUAAAGCGUUCGCACAUGACGUCACAGCCGCCAUGUUGGCGUUCCAAUUCAAAAGUAUAUUAAUUAGACUCUUUUGUCUGGAACACCAACAUGGCUGCCAUGGCUUUUACCGAGUUGGUCCCUGGGAAAUGAGUACAUGCAAACGCUCCAUAGGCGCUGUCAACUGCAUGAGGUGCCUGGAAUCCUGAUGUUUAUUCAUACACCUGACAUCGGCAUCCCCUUAGUAUGUACAGCUGAGCGAUGUUUUGCUAAUUGUAGAAGUGGGGGGACGCUCUUGAAGAUCAAAUGGGCGUGGUCACUCGAUUGGGCAUGGCCUCAUGCAUAGUAAACACGCUGUCGCAAUAGCACAUGCGCUGUCGCAAUAGCUUAAUCUUUAAGGUGGAUUUAGUAGAACAUGAUACCUAAAAAACACCUAGCUUGCUCGCAGUAGAUGCCAAAAAAGUAAAUAAAACCUUGACUUUCGAAUUUCGAUUAUGGAAUUAGCGCUAUGUGUGCACUGAGUAUGCAGCAAGCUGGCAACUCGGCAACUUUGCAAGUUAAAUAUGACAUUUACGCGAGUAACUAAAUAAGUUUAGGUAAUAAAUAUCCUUGAAUUUUUCCCAUUUAAUCAUGUUAAUGUUCUUAUUGAUCAUGAAUCAUUUUAUGUUCCGAUUGAUCAUUUUAAUGUUUAAUGACUUAUUUCGCGAUAGAGUAAUUAUAUCCUGCAGGGCUGCUGCCUGCGCUUGUGACAAUAAGUACUUAUCUAUGCGGACAUGAAUUAUUAGACUCUUUUGUGCUAGUCUGCUAGAAUUUUCUGCAAGUAUAUCAAGUUUCAGGGAGAUUAAAAUAGUGAGAAAGUUACGUUCGGAAGUAUUUCUACGUAGGAUGCGAAGCAGUUAUUGUAUAAAAAAAUAACACGUAUGUAGUACAACGUUUGUACAAGUGAUAGCCAAAAUUAUUUGGACGGUGUCAAACGGCGUUCACUGAAUUUCGCUCAUAUUUAAUCCCUGCCAGGGGGAACACCGUUCCCCCAUGUUUGGUUUUGGCAGCGGAAACGCCGUUCCCCUGGUAAAAAAGGUGGGGGAACGGCGUUCCCCCGCGUCCCCCCUGGAAAACAUCACUGUUAACUACAGCUAUUUUAAUUAAGGUUAACGUUGUUCCCCAGCAAUGAAAUUAAUUUUUAGCGAUUCCUAGCAAGCCUUUCGCGCUCGUAUAUAUUCGACUUUUCCGCUUUGCUGGGGACAACCUUAAUCGAAAUAGCUUUAUAUAUACAUCAACUUGCCAUUAAUUAGACCUCGAAAACUGGCCUCUGUAGCUCAAGUGGUUAGAGCAGUGUACCGGAAUUGUAUGGCCGCAGGUUUAAUUCCCUCCAGAGGGCCAAUAUAGUUGCAUUUUUCGCGACUACUACUAUCUGGUUAGGUCUAAUGAAUGUAUAAGAUUUACAAAGUUUAUUUCUGCAAUGUAUACCGCACCCUAUACUUGAAAUUUGUUUCUGCAAUGUAUACAACACCAAUUUUCCAUCUUUCUCAAUUAAUUUUGCUUAAAUCAUAGAUCUUACUCAUUAGAUAAAUUGAUCUUAUUUCUUGUUCCUAGGACGUUAAGAUUGGACUGUAAUAUUCCUAGCAGCAUCUUUAGAUAUUAGCAAAUUAACGCAAUUAUGCAUGCAAUUAUUCAACAGCAACAAAGAGUGUCUGUGUCAAGAUUUUGCAGAUGUUUUUUAUUGCAAAUAUUUAUUGGAACCACAAGCUGCUGACCAAUAGUCUGAUGGGAUGACAUAUUUGAUUUAAAGGGCAUAUGACUCGAAAAUUGACGGUGUUAUUUUUUAGUUUUGUUUGAAAGAUAAUUGAAAACUGCAGAUAACUUCUUUGACAGAUUUUUGUUUUCUUGCUUCGUUUCGGAGAUAUUUCAUUUUGUAUGAUUUGAAGAACCAACUUUCUACGUCACACAUGUAUAAUGACUUACUUUAAAAUGUUAUAUAAUUUCGUCACUAUCAAAUAAAUUCGCCCAAAAUGAAUGAUGAGCACGGGAUUUGUCCACAACACAAGCACUUGAUUGGCUUCGCUAUUUCCGUUUCGCAACGGAGUAGAAACGAAUUCAACUACUCGGCGAACAGAAAUAUUUUGCAGAAACAUUCCAAAAUCAUGUUGCGCAUGCGUUCAACCUUUUCGCGCGAAAUUUUUCGCAUUUCGCUCGUCGUGGAAUCUUACCUUUAUGUGGACUUUUCUCGCAGAUUUCGGCCGAAAUGCGACCCAAAAAUGGCGGCGUGAGAAAGGCUAAUUUCCAUCUACAAAAUCCUUCAACCAUUAUUCAAUCGAAUCAUGACUUACUUUUGAUUGGAAACCUUGAUGACGUUUCUAUGACGUUUUUAAAUUCAAAUUGACUUAAAUUGCUUAAAAACAGUUUCAAAUUUUAAUUAAAUGGAGUGCGCGUGUAGUACAGUAGUUCUGACGACCCUGGGAAUACUAUUAUAUUACUGUUAAUUUUAAGAACUCAAAAGUAAUUUAGGCUAUACUUAAUUUAUGACUAUAGGGUACGGGUUAUUUUAUCAAAGAAUUUAUCCCUGCAUCGUCUUCUGAUAUCCUGAAAUUAUCCGAACUUCAAUUUCCUUCAUUGGCUGUUAUUACUGAACGAAUUGUCCAUGAUGAAAAACUGGAAUUGGUAUGAUAAAUUUUGAGUGAUAUUACCUAAUACUUCUAUAAUUUCUUAGAAUUCUUCAAUUUAAGCGCAAUGUCUCUUGUGCAUCUAAACGAUCAAUUGUUUUGGUCAUUUCAAACGAAUCUUAAAAAGGUCAAAAUCGAAAUCAGUUAUGUAAGUUGUUUUCUCGAACCAUAAAGCAGUUUACAAACUCGAUGCAACAAUUAUUUAAUGAAGGAUAUUAAUUUAUGUAAGGUUAUUCGCACUUUAUAAACUAGGCAAUAUAUACCAUAUAUAAUUACAUCUAGUCUUGCAGAUUCCCUAUAGCUUAUGCAUGCAACGUGCAGUGAUAAAAAGUUCAUAUAUACAAUUUGGUACGGCUUAAUUAGUUUCAGGAAAAACAUGUUACAGGUUUGCAAACAAGUUGUUACAAGUCUGUUCAUAAGCUGUCGUCAAGUUGUGUUUGUACUGCUUGUUCGCAGUUGUUGUAACAAGUUUGGAACAAGCUGUUAACAACUUGUAACAAACUUGAUGUUGUUAACAGACUUAUCACAAGGUUGUUUGAACAAGUCUAGUAUAGUCAUUAUAAUAUAGGUACUAGGUAGUGACAAUUAAUAAUGGUAAUUGCUCUGAGUGGAGUGCAAUUUGGUCUGAAAUCAAACGCGUGAUUACAAAAUCACAGGACCGCGAAGCUGGGGUGCGAUUUGUAAUCACAAGUUUUGAUUUCAGACCAAAAUUGCAUGACACGAAGUGCAAUUUCCACUUUAUGAUAUUCAUUUUAAAAUCUUAAUUUUAAACAAUUUUGUAAAACGGAAACAGUUUUUUUAAAAAAGCUCCUGUUACUACCCUAAAUGCCGUAGCGUAGCAACAAGCGAACAAAUUGAACUUUCUUUAAAUCUCGAAUCGUUUUACCAAAAAAAUGAAGAAAUUUACAAGAACUAAAAGACAACCAAUGUAAGUUUAAACAUACUAUAUUGGUUUAACAUUAAUUCAAUAUAAUUUUAAUGCAGUUUGUUCAUUCAAACGACAUCAACAAGUUAUACGAUGUACGGAUAUUAUCUUGUUUGUUUUUCUUCCUGUCGCUUUAUCAAGUUGCUUUUUGUUGGUAUUUUCGCCAUGUUUCACAAAGAUUUUUUCCUAAUAUGUCCAUAAUCAUUUGUGCAUUGUUUAACAGUUUUUAUAUGCAAAAGAUUGGCCAUCAUAUUGGCAAUACUCUGAUUUUUUUAUUUUACCCAAUUUGCCAGAUCAAAUUUUUCUUAAAAUUGACAGGCUAUAAAAUGAUUCUAAACUUUACUUUGAUUGGCUAGCUAAGAUCACCACUUCAAUAUGAUUGGUUUAAAAAAUUAUGCGAUUACCACUCAUACUGAUGCAAGCAAAGCUCAAAAUAGUGCGAUGACAGCUCUAAAAUAGUGCAAUUUGGGCCGUCAUCACACUUUUCUUAUCCAAUCAGAUUGCUCGAAUCGCGCGUGAUUUCAGAAUGAAUAUAAUAAAUAUUGUUAUUUCAUAACUGCAUCGGACUUGUUGGAACAACCUUGCAACAAGUCUGAUUAUAUCAACGAUUAUGGUUGUUAUAAGUUGUUAAACAGCUUGUUCCAAACUUGUUGACAAAUUGAGACAAGCAGUGCGAACACAACUUGUUGACGGCUUGUUGGAAGACUUGUUACAAGAUAAAAGAUUUUUGCGUAUACAUAACGACUCGAUUGACUUCCAAUUGGCGUCCUUGUGGUAAAAAAAGUCGCACGCUUAGGGGUUCUGUCAAUUAAAUCAUUAUAUAUGUGCCAAUUGUGUUACUAAAUGAACGCGUAUUAUUUUUAAGAUUACAGAAGUUGGUGAUAUGGGAACCUUGGAAGAAUUUAUCAAGUCAUUUGGAUGUCCUGUAGAAGAUGCUAUUACAUAUCUAUCACAAAUUGGGGAGGCCGUGUUGUUUCUGCACAAUAGGAGAUUCAUACAUCAAAAUCUGCGAGCAGCAUCUAUCUUUAUUGAUUCGAAUGGAAAUGUGAGUCAAUUUUUUAAUGCUUGUACGUUAAAUUAG